AUGAAUAUUAAUUAAGACAACUAAAUCUUGUAUUAUUAGGAUGGAGAAGCCAUAAGAAUGUAGUAAAUAAAUUAUAAUUAAAAGAGAAGAAUUUAGACCCAAUCAAACCUAAUAAGAUGUGUUAAAAAAUUUGGAGUAGUUAAAAUUUCUUUUUUAGCAUGGAAAAUAUGGCCAGUAUGGAAAGAAAACUGGUUAUUGGUAUGUUAGUUGGAAUGGUUCUGUAUUAAAUUCAAUUGGUGGAUAUUAUGAGGAAGGAUAAAAACAUGGAAGAUGGAAUCAAUUAUUUAAAAAUUAUCACAAGUAAAUAUUUUUUUAAUAAAUGAAGUUCCAACAAAAUUUAUGAAAUUGGAGAAUAUUGUUAUAAUCGAAAAAUAGGAUAUUGGAAAUAUAUGUUGAAUGAUAAUUUGAUGUAAAUUAUUAUUUCAUAAUAAGUGGUGGUGAAUAAUAUGAUGAUGGAGGUCAUGAGUUUUAGGUUGGGAAGUGGAUUGAAUUUGAUGAUGGAUAUAACCAAUAGAAAUAAGUCAUGUAUGAUGGUGAAUAUAUUAAUGGUAAGAAAGUUGGUAUUUGGAAUAUUUGGUUUGAUAUGAUAGGAUUAAAAAUAAUAUGUAAUUUUAGAUAUAUAAAAUAAAAUUUAUGGCGGUGUUCGGGCUUAUGAUCUUGGAGUUAGAAAUGGCUAUUUUAUUGAGCUUAUUGAUGGAUUUAAAUUUUAGUCUUAAGUAAUCUAUUAUGGUGUAUAUUAAAAUUGGAAAAGAGCUGGUAGAUGGUUUAUACAAUAUAAGGAUAUUUCAAUGUACGGAAAUUAUGAAAAAAUGUAAUUAUAAAUAAUUAUCAAAUAUCAUAAAUUUAGUGGUGGUGGAUUAUAUGAUUAAGAAGGGCAAGGACUUAAAAUGGGCAACUGGAUUGAUUUUAGUGAUGAAUAUAAAUGGAAUUCUCAAGUAAUUUAUGUUGGAGGAUAUAUACAUGGAAAAAAAGUUGGUAGAUGGGAAAUUUAAUUUAGAAAAUCGGAUGAAAGGGAAUUUAAAAAGAUGUAAUCAUUAACAUAAAAUAAUAAUAAAUCUUUAGUGGUGUUGGAAAAUAUGAUGAAGUUGGUCAAGAAGAAAAGAUUGGUUAAUGGAUUAAUAUCGAUGGGAACUAUAGUGAUGAUUCAUAAGUAACUUAUCAUGGUGAAUAUAAAAAUGGAAAAAAGGUUGGUAGAUGGGAUUUUUGGUUUAAUUAUAAUGAUCUUGAAAGGGGAAGAAAACACAUGUAAAUUUAUUUAUUUAUUAAAAAACCUGAUUUAGUGGUGGCGGAACUUAGUUAAAACUGGGCAAAGGAUUGAUAUUAGCUAAGAAUUUGCAAAUUCUUAUAAUUAACAUAAAAUGGUGAAUAUCAACAAGGUAAAAAAGUUGGUAGAUGGGAUAUUUCGUACAAGGAGGAAACUGAUAACUGGGGGAUUUUUUACAUGAAUCUAGAUUUUCAGAAUAUUGUUUUUAAGAAUAAUAGAAUUAAAAAAGAAAACAAAUUAAUGUAAUUAAUCAUUAAAAUUAAUUAUAUAGUGGUGGUGGAUAAUACGAUAAGUAAAAUCAAGGAUUUAAAGUUGGGUUAUGGAUUGAUCUAGGGGAUUAAUUCAAAAAAUAUGAAUAGGUAUUAUGUAAAGGAGAAUAUAUUAAUGGAAAAAAGGUUGGUGUCUGUAAAGUAUUGAAGAAAGAUUAAAAUGAAAACGAUGAAGAAUUUAAGUUAGAAAAAAGUAAUUUAACAUGA